AUCAUUUGCUAGUUUAUAGUCCAUAUUUAAAAAUUUAUAUAAUUCGCUGUCAGGCAUUGUCAUUUAAAUAUUAUUAGAUCACUAAAAUGGGUUCGAACAUUGAAACUGAUACUGAACAGUACUAAGAAUAAAAUAUUCAUGUGUAUAUGGAUAGACCUAAGGAUGAAGUGUUCGCUGUUAAUCUGCAUGAAACUUUGUCCAACCAUUGACAGUGGAUAUUAGUGGGUACUUCUGAACUUACCUAAUUACUUACUUACGCCUGUUACCCCUCAUGGAGAAGCAUAGGCCGCCUACAAACACUUUUCAUCCAACCCUUUCCUGGACAAUAUGUUUCAGUUUCUAUUCAUCCUUUUCAUGUCUGCUUCCAAUUCUCGACACAGUGUGUUAUUUGGCCUUCCUUUUUUCUGUUUCCCUUCAGGAUUCCAAGUUAGCGUUUGCCUCGUGAUGCAGUUUGAUGAUUUCCUCGAUGUUUUUCCUAUCCACUUCCAACGUCUUUUUAUAAUUUCCUCUUCAUCUGGAAGCUGGUUUGUUCUCUCCUACAGUAGGCUGUUGCUGAUGGUAUCUUACAUAUUCAAUUGUUGGUAAAUACUCAUACAUUCAGCUCCAUACAGUAGAACUGUCUAAACGUUCGUAUCGAGGAUUCUCACUUUGAUAUUAGUUAACAGUUGUUUUGAGUCACAUAUUUUCUUCAACUGUAAGAAUGCAGUCCUUAAUUUGCCAACCCUCGCCCUUACGUUUGAAUCGGAUUCUCCUUGUUCGUCGAUAACGCUUCUCGGUUACGUAAAAUACUCCACAUCUUCCAGAGCUUCUCUAUUAGGUGUGACUGGGUUAGUGUUCUCUGUGUUGUACUUAAGAAUCUUGCUUUUUCCCUUGUGUAUGUUGAAGUCUUCUGAUGCAGAGGCUGCUGCUACACUAGUUGUCUUCAUCUGCAUUUGUUGAUGUGUAUGGGAUGGAUGGGCUAUGUCACCUUCCAAGUCAAAAUCGUCUAGUCGCAUCCAAGCUGUCUUUUGUAUUUUGUACUCUCCAUAAGUAGUGGAGGUCUCCAUAACCCAGUCAACCACUAGAAGGAAGAGAAAGGGGGAGAGUAGGCAGCCUUGUCGGACUCCAGUUCUUACUUGGAAUGCAGCUGUCAGCUGUCCACAUGCACUACUUUGCAGUGUAGCCCAUUCUAAGAAUUACGUACAAUGUUAACGACCUUUUCAGGUACAUCAUAGUGUCGAAGAAGGUUUCAUAGUAUUCUCUUGUCCACACUGUCAAAUGCUUUAUCAUAAUCAAAGACGUUGAUGUUUAGUGACUAGUCCUACUUGACUGAUUGUUCAACAAUGAUCCACUUGUCUUCAAUAGUAGUUUCUUUCUCAUGUAGUAGAUCUUAUAAAGCCUGGAACCUGUUACUGGGAACUAUCUUAAAUUAAUUAUGUCAGUGUCUCGAAGGAAAACUGUACCACGUCCGUAGUGCUGUUUGUCCAGUUGUCCAGUGUUUCUUUAGCUUGAUUUUGUUCUUGACCACAACCAGGUGGUAAUCGGAAGCUACGUCGGCUCCUCUACUGGUUCUCAUAUUUUCCGCUGUCCUGAAUUUUGUAUCAAUACAAAUAUGAUCUAUCUGGUUCUCCGUGGUGUGAUCUGGUGACACUCAUAUAGUUUUAUGUAUACGUUUGGGUGACAAUAUUUUGCUGUCCAUAACCAAUUUGUUGAAUGCAUAAAGGUUUGCUAAUCUCUCCCCAUUUUCGUUUCUCUUUCACAGUUCGUGUCGCCUCAUGAUAUCUUCAUAUCCGGUGUUGUCCAUUCCGGCUUCAGCUUUUAGGUUUCCCAUCAGGAUUUUCGGGUUUUUUCCUGGGGGCUUUGCCAUAAUCGAUCGCAGUCUCUCGUAGAAUUAAUCUUUAUGGUUGUCACUGAUAUAAUUGGUGGGUGCAUAACAUUAGAUAACAUACAUUGUAGCUCCCUCCCUCUUUGUUUUAAAAGAUGCUUUGAUGAUCCUAGAUCCAUGAGAUUCCCAUCCUAUAAGUGCGUUUCGUGCAUCUUUGAACACCAUUAGACCAAAUCACUGAGUGUGUGAAGGAUUUUCCUCUUCAUGACCGGAAUACAGCAUCAUCUCUCCCGUAUCUAGCAUUUGUUGUUCGGCUUGGGUAGAAUGGGUUUCGCUGAUCCCGAGUACUGCCAAGUUGUAUCUCCUCUGUUUCGUUGCUAUUCGACUGGUCCUCUUGAUCUUUCACAUUGUCCGGACGUUCCAUGUAACUACAUUAACUGUUAAUCUGGUUGCUAGAAAGGACAUUGGCUUCGUAACGUCCGAAGAGUCUCGGCUUUCAUCACUAUGCGUCAUAAUUCUUCCUUCAACUCCCAGGAAAGACUUUAAGUUGUUUAUUCUGGUUAGCGUUUUUCAGCAUGGUUGUUUUCUACGGAAUGAGGUUGCCGACCCCAUGCCCAACCCUCCUCCUUCACCGGGGCUUGGGGUCGGCAUUAGCCUUAGAAGAGCUACAGGUGGGGUUAAAAUAUGGAACGCUUCAAGAUUUCGCGUGUUAUCCUUGAGCAGGAGCCAUGACGAUCUUCUAUAUCGUUCCAAUUUUAGUAUAUGUACCGAAAAAGUUAAAUUAAACGGGGAGGACGUUUGUGGUCAAGAUCAUCUUGUACCAUUGAAUGAAGCGUUUGCUUUAUCAAUGCAAGGAAAAGUUGAUAUAUUAUCUCUUGAAUUUAAAGACAUGUAUUAUGAUGAGGAGGAAAUGAAUAAUAAUACAAACAUGUCUUCUGCUAAUAAUAACAGUAAUAGCAUUAGAAUGGAUGAUGCACAAGCAGGCCUUGUACGUGUCAAUGAGUUAAGACAAAGUUCCAUACGCAGAAAUGAUCCGCCAGUGAUGGUACCAACAAGAACAGGUUCCAAAUUGGAGAAACAAUCAAUAAAAAGUAAAGAUAGUAAUCUAGAAGUUACUGCUUGGAAAACGUCAAAUGAUUUAUCUAGAGCAUAUUUAGACGUUGAUUACAAAGUAUCUACAUUAGAUCGAAAUUCUGCAGCCCAUUCAUAUCGUAAUAGUAUUGAUUUUAGUCACAAUUCAGACUCAAGAAUUUCUGGAACAUUACCACCUCUAGGCAAGUCAGCUAAUGACAGAGUAUCAGAUUACGUAAUGGGAAGUCGAGGUAACCUUAAUACAAAUGAUGCGUCACAUAUAAAAUCGAAAACAUCUAUUUUUGGUUCUCGGAAAUCUGCUACCUUAAGUAAUAGUAAAAUUGAACAACGUUUUAACGAAGGCAGAAGUCAGACAGAUGCAGGCGAUUUACACCAUGGAAGCUAUUCUGUAUUGGAUGACGAAGAUCACAUAGGAUCUCAACUUUCUGCUACAACAUCAACACCUAACUUGCAAGACAAACAUAAGAAAAAACGAUUCAGUUUACUUGGAAAGAACAGAAAAUCAACAGGCUCCGAGUCAGAUGUACGUAAUGACUCUAAGAAAUCCAAAGGAUCUACUCCAGACAUAAGGUUGAAAGAUGGCGAAGGCGAGAAAAAGAAGAAGGGUUUACAUUUAAAAAAUCCUUUUAAACGUUCGAAAACUAAAGAUCAAACACCUUCAGUAUCAUCAGAUCUUGCUUUUACUAGGAACACUAUACAUCCGGCAAUUAAUGUAGCUGUCACUGAACGAUUACCAAAAGAGAUGUCUAAAAAACCAGCACCUGAAAUUGCAGCUUAUCUCCACAAAUCCAAUCCAUCAGCUGAAUUUGAUACACUUAAUUUAACUGGUCGUGAAAUAUUGAGUGAAGAUACUCAUUUUGCACCUUUUGAUAGGAAACAUUAUGAUGGAUAUGAAAAUGUUGGUAGUUCUUAUGAUACAUUUAAACACAAGACGUUGAGUGACUCAAGAAAAUCCAUCGAGAUUUCAUCUCUAAGUGAUUUGCACUCACAAGGUAAACUUAAAGGACCAGCUCCGGAAUUAGCAGCUUUAAUUCACUCGAAGCAUCCUACUUCAAAUCUAGAAGAUAUAACCAUUGCUCAAGGUUCAGGCUCACAUAUAAGACCAUUCACACCAACAGACCAUUCACCGAAGCAAUCAAGAUAUCAUAAUGAACCUCCCUCUGAUAUUGCAAAUUUAAAAUUAAAAGGUACAGCUCCUGAAAUAGCGGCGAUAAUAAACUCGAGAACUAAAAGUCCCAACCAUGAAGAUGUAACUCUUACUCAGAGGUGUGAUCAAAACUUCCAUCCGUAUCCUACAGUAGAUACGUCAGGAAAAAAACCUUUUAAGCCGAGUGGAAGUGCAUCAGAGAUAGCUGCCGAUAUACACAAAAAUAAUUUAGCAGACCAUCGACCCUAUGCAGAUUAUACCCUAACUGGUACUAAUACCAAUGAAAUGCACGUGAAAAAAUAUGUACUAAAAGAAAAAGUGCAAUCUACACGUAAAGCUCUUUCUUUAAGUGAACAUAUAUCAGAUGGUGAUGAAACAGAGAGUGGAGGCAGUGAAGUGUAUACUGACAAUGAAUGCUACUUAGAAGUAGGUAAAAGUGAAUAUUAUUUUGAUCGUAAACGUUCCCUGAGAAAUUAUCGUUCUAAACGAUCAACGAAAUUGGAACGUGAAGCUAGACGUAAUAUGGGGUUACAUAGAAAUGACAGUCAAGAAUCAGUCAGCAGCAGUAUCUCAUCGCUUAAACCAACUGAUCGAAAAUUGACCCCGAAAUAUAGAAAACGUCCAGGUACUAAAAAGGAAGAAGUCUCAUCUUGGUUGAGCAGCUCUAAUUCACCCUAUAAUCCAAUCCGUAUAGAUGGGCAUGUAUAUCCAAAUUAUACAUCAAAUGUUUACGCUUCAGCUCCUAUUGUUCAUAAACAUUUAAUUCAAAACUAUUUAUCAAAAGAUAUUAUUCAGUCAAUAAAAUGUGAUAGCAGUAUAAAUUUACCACAUCCUCUAACAGUUGGACGAAGUGCAUUAGUUUAUGGUCAUUUCAAGUACAAUUCAGCUGUACGCCAAUCCUGUUUAAUAAAACUUGAGUUUAACACCUCCUGCGAAGAAGCUAAUGAAUAUGAAACACUUUAUCUUCAAUUGUGGUCUGAUGGUAGUCUAGAUAUUUUGAAUAGCCAAUCCAUCAAUAGCAAAAUUCCAUACAGUUCUUCAAAUGAUAUUCAAUAUUUAACACUAAAAGAUAAUGAAGUUUGCAAUAAUGAUAAGCAACAAGUAAAUUUCACUCUGAAUUUCAUAUCUCAAAGCUUCUAUACUGCUAUUACUUCAAAUGAUCAAUUUACAUUAAUUUUGAAAAACCAAUUCUUGAAAUCUGCUAAUUAUCACUUGAAAUCAUUUAAACUUGAAGAUUCAACAAACGCCAAGUUGGAUAAACUUUUUAUGCCAAAGAAUUUAUGUUUACCACUUAUUCUUCAUAUGAAAGAUGUGUCCAGUCAAACAAACACAUUAAAUCUUUUAACAAAACUAACUGCUGAUACCAAAAGAGUCAUCAUCGAAUAUGUUUAUAAACCUAUUAGUAGCUCUAAAUUUAUCUCAAUGCAAAUCUUACUGAAUUUUGAAACAAGUUACUUAAUAAUACAAGAGAUUGCAAAAGAAACAAAUAAUAUUCAAUAUGCUGAUAAAGAAAUAACAUAUAUUCCUGAACAGAUAUGUAAAAUGAAAUUCAGUUGGUACAAUAACACACUAAAAGUACUUCUUAAUAAUGACGAAUCAAUGAUGUACAAUUUUGAACAGUAUUAUCCUCUUCAAUUCUUAUCACAUAUUCGAAUCAAUGGAGAUUUCAUGCUUUUAAAUGCAGAACUUCAAUCGGAUGAAUAAUAAUAAUCAUUUAUUUAGCCAGGGUAUUUACAAUACAUGUAUGUCUCCUAGCAAAAAUGAAUGCAAAUACGAUACAUAUAUACAUAUAUACAUUGGAUGAUUCGUGAUGUUUUAACCAUGACUGAUACUACUAACCUUAUAAAAAAAAUUAAGCGUAUUUUCCUUAUUAAUUAAUUAAUUACUCUACUCUACUUUCUUUUCUUUUCGAAUAUUUCAAAAUAAAAUUUGUUAAACAUUAUUUUAUAGUUAAAGUAUUCUCUUACUGAUGUGUGUUGAUUGAUACACAAAUGUGUCUUAUUCAUUAUUCUCACUAUUAUUAUUAUUAUUACUUUUAAUGACAAUACACUCAAACUUUUAAUUUCUAGAAGGUUCCUGUUUUCUUUUUUAUUUCAUUGAAAUCGAUAUGAUUUUUCAUUAUUAUUUUAUUCAAUAAAUUUAUUCUAUAUCUUGAAUAUAUACUGAUUUAUCAUAUUAUUCAAUCUAUACUAUGAUUAGUUUAAAAGAUCUGUUCAGUAUUGUAUCGUAUUGAUAGUUGACCGGUAUUACCUAUACAUUUUACUAGUUGUAUUCAUUCAAUAAAUAAAGUAUUUAAAAGUAAUUAGAAGAUAAUAAUAAUAAUGAUGACGAGCUUUAUUUAGUAUAGUUUAAAUGUUUUCGGUUAUUUUCGGUUAUUAUUAUAGUUGUAGGUAAACGUUUUUUUGAAAAAAAUCGUUUUGUUUUCUCCUAAUUAACUUCACUUUCUAUUGUUAAUGAUUUAAUUUUCUUUUUUUUUUUUUCGUUUUCCACUUUAACUUUCAACUCAUGAUUGUUUUAAUUUUCACUAUUUGUGAAAUGAGUAAAUAACAUUUUACACAAUUAAUAAUACAACAAUAAAAUGUGAAGGACAAAGUGGUUGUUAUGCAUAACGAAAAUAAAUUUUUUUUACAAAAAAAAUAAUAAUAAUAAUGUGUGCUUAGAUAUAAUUUAGAAAGAAUGUUUAUGGGACAGUUAGCAACUAUGAAAAAAAAGAGUGAAGAUAAUAACAUUUCUAAAUACUCUCCAUCUAACUAAAAAUAUUGAAAACUGAUCAUAUUUAAUCUGAUUUAUACAAGAUUUUAUUGAACAGUCAAUGUGUCUGUAUGAAUAGUUAAUAUCCGUAUGAAAUUGGUUAGUGUUGAAUUACUAUUUCUAUAUUGAUUAAUUUGUGUUGAUGUAUUAUAAUCAGCUAGCAAUUAUAUUGUAGCACUUCUAUUUCUAUUGUAUUUUAUUCGAAAAACAAAAAUUCAUAAAAUAUAUUUAUAGAUAGAAUCAUCAA